AGCAGUACGGAAGUAAACAGCCUGCUCCCUGCUGCUGUCAGUUGGUGUUUUCUUUUCUUAAAAACAGUAAUUUCACAGCUGGUCGUGUCUUCAUUAGCAGGCUGACAGAUGUCCGCUUCUCCCGCAGAAGAUUUGCUCCAGCAGUGGGAAAGUGAGCAGGCACGUCUGAGGCAGCAGGUGCUGGAGGAGGACACAGAGGAUUGGCAGAGGAGCCCAGACUUUUCAGGUCUGGAGCGAGUUGGUGGGGUGGACCUCUCCUUCAUCAAAGGGGAUGACGUCAAUGCCUGUGCCCAGCUCGUGGUACUCAGCUACCCAGAUCUGCAGGUGCUGUAUGAAGACAGUCAGAUGGUGACCCUGACGGCCCCCUACAUAGCCGGCUUUCUGGCAUUCAGAGAAACUCCUUUCCUACUGGAGGCUCUGCAGAGGCUGAAGAAGAACCAGCCCACACUCCUUCCUCAGCACGUUUACUCUCCGCUGUUUCAUUUUGGAUGUGACUUGAUUGUCGCUGUUUGGAUCGUUGCAGAGUUUGGCUUGGCGUGUCACCUGGGAGUGCUGUCAGGGCUGCCCUGUGUGGGCGUGGCUAAAAACUUGCUGCAGGUGCAAGGAGUCAACAAGAGUGAGGAGCAUCAGUCACAAAUAGCUGCUCUGCAAAGAGGAGGAGACAGCUUCCCACUCAUAGGCGCCUCAGGCAAAGUGCUCGGAAAGGCACUGCGAAGCUCUGACAAGAGCUCGAAGCCAGUGUACGUGUCCGUGGGCCACAAGAUCAGCCUGGACACAGCUGUCCGCCUCACACACGCAUGCUGCCGCUACCGGGUCCCUGAGCCAAUCAGACAGGCCGACUGUCGCUCCAGAGAAUACCUUCGCAUACACUUCCCAUCUGCAGAUACGUGACUCAGAGAAUGAGGUUGCAAAUGAUGCAGAGAAGGAUGUCAGAGAUAAAAGCCAGCAAGUACAGAAGACACCUUAGAAGUCCAUCAGUGUGUGUGUGUGUGUGUGUGUGUGUGUAGUCAUUUUUAAAAGCAAAGCUGUUUUACUCUCUGCCAAAAAGAAACUGUCAGAUUAACUGUAUCUUUUUAUGUACUUGCCCCAUAUUUAAAUUGAAUAUGGGUCAGCGUGGCUCUUUUUAUGCACUGUUCUCAUUAUAUUUUUGGGUCACUCAGUUUUUUACUCUGGGAACCUUGUAAAUAAAUCAUAAAUGUCCUUGAUCUGCCGCAGAGUGCUUGUCAGCUGUUAAUAUGUGUCUAAUAUUCAUGUUGAAUUAU